UGCAUGUUGGGGGAAGCCACACAAUCGAGGAUAUAAAGCGAUACCUGACUGUUAAGGAGUUAUUUGCAAACCAACCCGGAGUUGUUGUUAUUUUACUAAGUGGUAAUAAAGCCUUAUUAUUUCCAACCUAGUCCUUCUCGACCUUUCUUCUUUUGUUAGAGUAUUCGAUUGUGGGUUGUUUUAUCCACACUAGAGUAAAACAUGUUGAUAAACAUGUCACCAUGCGGCUCAACUUUGGAAGAACAGCUUUCGUCCAUAAUGGACGUACUUGGGAAAGCUGCCGUAUCUGAAAUUAGCCAAUUGUUUUCAGAAGGCUCGACUACCCUUCACUUACAAAUAUCUCAUAGCAUGAAAGAAAACGAAGCGCUGAGGACGAAGAUAAAGGCGAUGAGGAGUGAGAUUUUUUCUUUGCGGCUUCAAAUGAGAUCAGAUGCAUCGCGAGCGUCAAGUCAUUUCGCCCUGGCUCGAGCCAACAUCUGCAAACCACGGCCUAAAUCACUGGGAAUUGUUUCUGUAGAAGAUUGCGAUGACUUUGGAGACCGUAGCACACAGCACGGCGCCACCUCAGAUACUUUGCAUGUGGACGCCCCUGGCUCCUCCCACAUGUCCAGUCACAGCGAGGAGCUGAGGAUCCUAAGUUUCCACGGAAAAGGGGAGGGCCCACUGGCGCUGGACGGCCAUGACACCCUCUUCACCGUGUCCGAACUGGAGGCCCUUAACUCGCUGUCCGCGGACCACAGCGUGGCCAAGAGCCUAGAGCAGCUGGUCCACCGCGAGGAGCCGACUGGAAAGCAGCGGACCCCAGACACCAUUUUAAUCAAGGAGGAAGAGGAUAUCGGUGGAGGCGUGGCCGCUGUUGAAGACUGCGAUGACUUUCGAGACCGCAGCACACACAGCAGCACCACCUUGGAUAGUCUGCAUGUGGAGGCCUCUGGCUCCUCCAACAUGUCCAGUCAGAAUGGGGAGCUGCGGAUCCUGAGCGUCCAUGGAAAAGGAGAGGGCCCACUUGCAGACGGCCAUGACAACCCCUUCACCGUGUCCGAGCUGGAGGACCUGAGCUCGCUGUCCACGGACCACCGCGCGGCCAAGAGCCGGGAGCAUGGCAAGCGGCUGGUCCACCAUGAGGAGCUGACUGGGCAUCAGGGCGGCCACAAGGGCCGGCCCUGUGUCUUGUUUGGCAAGGGUUUUCCCGACAAUACCAAGAUGACCAUCCACAUGCGUAGCACCGGCGAGAGGCCGUGCUUCAUGCAUUGGUGCGACCAAUGCAUGAAGCGCUUCAGGACAAGGGGCCACCUGAAGAUCCACAUGAGGACUCACUCCGGGGAGAAGCCCUACGGAUGUGACCAAUGCAUGAAGCACUUCAGGACAAGUGGCCAGCUGAGGAUCCACAUGAGGACUCACUCCGGGGAGAAGCCCUACGGAUGUGACCACUGCAUGAAGCGCUUCAGUACAAGCUCCAACCGGAAGAGCCACAUGAGGACUCACUCCGGGGAGAAGCGCUGAAGGUGCCUGCAGUGCAACGCCAGCUUCAGGGACCCUAGCAAUUUGCGUUGGCACAUGCUCAAGCACAAAGACAAUGGGGUGCUUUGACACAGGGAAACAGUACGCUUUGAUUGACACCUCUAUCCUUUAUUCGUUGAAUUGACUGCUGUAGCUUUUUCAUUAUGAUGAAAGACGCUUUCCAACUUUUGAUUCACUUUCUGUUUUUAUUGUUAAAAUGUGUAAAUAAUGUGAUGAAGGAUAACUUGUUUUUUCGACAUUACGGACAAUAAAAUAUUAGAUUCAA